AUGAUUGCCCUCCCUGGCAAAGUCAUACUCAGGAUCUCUGCAGUCGUGGCAGUGACUCUGAUGGUAGCCUUGGUCGUCCACCAACUAAGCUACACAAACGACUUCACCCUCCCGAACCAGUCGAUCGAUGUCAUCAGCCUCUGCGACGACUCAAAACGAAAGUGGGGGGACCUCGGCGAGCCUAUCCAAUCCUCGAUACCGCAAGAACCGAUACCCAAGAUCGUACAUCAGAUCUGGAAGAAUUCCGACGUCAGCACAUAUCCGGUGCAAGCCUCCCGUGAGACGUGGGAGAAAACUCUGACGCCCCUUAACUACACCGUCAAGCUGUGGACUGACGACGACGUCCUCAACCUCAUCAAGGCCAACUAUACCUGGCUACUGUCGACAUACGAGGGGUAUUCCCAGAACAUCCAACGAGCGGACGUGGCGAGACUGAUCGUGGUCCACGCCGAGGGGGGCAUGUACGCAGACCUCGACGUGUUUCCGCGGUCGACGAAAGAGAUGGCAUGUCUUCAAGGCCAAGGCCUCCAGGCCAUCUUUGCUGCGACCUCCGGGAAUCUCGGUGUGAGCAACCACUUCUUCAUGGCGCAACGGCAGUCGCCCUUCCUCGAGUGGGCUCUGCAAGAAGCCAAACGCCGCGGCGGCCCGACCUCGAAACGGAUCCUGCUCCCAUACCUCCGAGUCUUCUGGUCCACGGGGCCGAUCAUGGUGACGCACGCCUUCCGGCACUACGCGUGGAUGUACAGCACGGCACACAGCGGCCUGGCACUGCUGGAUGAGGGAUACGCGAGGAAGGUGUUUGGCCACGCGGCCGGGCGGUCGUGGCACGGAUCGGAUGGACAGUUCCUGAACUACGUCUCGGAUCAUCUGGGGGUCUUGCUAUUCUGGACUGCCGUGACUCUGACUGUUGCGGCGUUGAGUGUGAUGCUGUUUAUCAAGCGGUGCCGUGGGAAGUCGAUCGAGUUGAUUGCAGGUUGCGGGUCGAGGCUCAGGAGCAAAGAGAGAUACACCGAGGUUUAA